CUGUAUUGUAAAGUGAUUUUCCAAUUCUUUGAAUUUGUUUAUUUUGUUAUCAUUUGAAUUUUGUUUGUUUUGAUAGACCAAUCAGAUUCAUGUUUUUUGAUAUGGUUGAAGUUUGGCGCGCAAUCAUAUUAAUUACCGGUAUGGUAAAGAAUAAUUGUAAAUUAUAAUUUAUAUUCUUAUUUAUGUAAGAAUUCUCGAUGCAAUGUUUAGAAGAAUAUCAAGAACUUAUUGAACGUGAUGCGAUUGAAAUUUCUUGGUUGUGGAAAUAUCUACAAAUGUUUCUAUAUUUAUUAUGCACAAUUAGCGGAUAUACCUGUAGCGUUUUGUUCUACAUAUUAUGGAAAGAAAUUUUCGGAGAUAAGUGUCCACUUUGGGCAAUAUCUGUUCUAAUAUCAAAAGAGAAAUUGGAAUUAGAUGAUAUUCGUGAUAUAUGUAAAAAUCAUUUAUUAGAUUGGUGGAAAUAUAUUUUUACUGAUUAUAUACAUGAAAAUACAUGUGAAAUGUAUUUAAUAACAUGUUUUUCAUCUUGUAUAUUUGGAGUUGUUUGGUUUACUUUAUUUCUUAUGUGUGGUAAAGGAGGACAAGAUAUAUCAAUAUAUGAAAGUUCUUGGAAGAUUGUAUUUCCUGCAAUAUACUUUAAUUUUAUAUUUGCCAUUAUAUCAAUGUAUGCACAUUAUAAUUUACAACAAGGAUAUAAGUCAUUUAAUGAUGGUAUCAUAAAUAUUUCUUAUGAGAUAUAUAGUAUUUGCAAAGUGCCUAUGAAUAUAAGUGACCGUGAAAUAAUAAAUAUAUAUAUGAAAAUGCAUAAUUUUUAUAUAUAUGAUGUGUAUUAUAUAAUUUCAUAUCUUCAGAUAUUUACAGUCAUAAUGAUGUGUGGUUGGUCAGGUGGAUUGAUAAUAUUAAUUUUAAGGAUGAUAUUAGUCAUUGAUUUUAAAAUUUUAAAAAUUAGAAUAUAUGAAGUAAAGGAAGAAUAAUAUUCAAUAUAUUAUUAUAUAAGAAAAUUUUUUAUUCUUUGCAUAAACUUUACAUACAUUAUGUAAACUUGUAUAUAAGAAUAAAAAUAUAAAAAAUAUAAAAAAU